GUGUAGAGGAAAGUGGAGGACAAAUCCAAACCCUUAGAAAAUAACCGUUCCCUGUUCUGGUUCCCGUUUUUCUUUCUGCGUUCUCCAACCUUAAAAUCAAUCGAAGAGAGGAAGUUGUUUCAUUUUGGGAAAAAAGUAGAGAGAAAUUAAAGCCUAAACAUGAGAAUUCCAUUUCUCUCUCUCUUUCCCGCACUUUUUCUGACUUUCUUUCUCACUGCACACUCACCCCCUUCUUCAAUAUACGACCACUUGAAACACAACGGCCUCCCUAUAGGUCUCCUCCCUAAGGGGAUUUCUGAUUUCUCAAUUGACCCCAACACCAACCGUUUCCACGUCAACCUAACCCAUCCCUGCAACUCCGAAUUCGAGAUCCAGCUCCAUUACGAUUUCAACAUCUCCGGUGUCUUGUCUUUCGGCAAGAUCGCUAAUUUGUCUGGUGUCUCCCAACAGGAACUCUUCUUAUGGUUUCCUGUCAUUAACAUUCGCGUCGAUGAUCCAACCUCCGGUUUGAUCAACUUCGAUGUCGGCGUCGUUGAUAAGCAGUUCUCCUUGUCCUUGUUCGAGAUCCCCCGUGAUUGCACCGCUUUUGAUCCUAAGGGUUCCCUCUCCAUUUCUCAGAAACCAUCUGAGUUACUUGGUACUGAAAUUGUUGAGGAGCACAUGCUGAGGGCCAUAUCAUAGACUCUGGAGGCAGAGAUAUUAUAUUAAAGUUUCAAGGUUGUUGAUACACGUGUGAGUUUCUAUUCUCAUAUAAAGAUUCUCUUCAAGAGUAUAAUUUGAUGCAUCAUAGGCUUCUAAUUGUGCGCUUGCUUGCUAUGUUGUUCUGACUAUUCCAGCUAAUAUUUCUGCUGUAGCAAGAAUAACAAUUUUGGGUCAAGCCAAAUGGUAAAGUUGAACAACUUUAAGUCUUGUUAUCAUGAGUUAAGGCUGAACCUGGGGCUUUUGUUCGGGUUUGGUUUCACUUGGUUAAUAUUCUAGAAAUUGCUGCUAUUUAUUGUUGUCACGAAAUCGCUGGACAUACAAAUGUACUAGUAUGGUGUUCUGUAAAUUUAGAGAACUCUUUGUUCUCAUCUUGUUCUUAUAACUUUGGUUAAAUAUUGAUUUUUAAGAUAAAACAUAAUUACAUAAGAAAGUCGUACUGUUAUACUUUCUUUUCUUCA